AUGAGCAUCCCUGCCAUCGAGGUUGUUGAGAUUCGGGCCGAUGCUGCAGCGGGGAGCAAAAAUGGCGAUGUUUCGCAGACUGAGAGUGGUAACUCGGCAACCACCGACAUUUUCGCGGCGCCGAGCGAUGGUGGCUAUCUGGAUGAAGGCGCUACCGGAGCCGUUGCAGGGGAGCAAGACUCCUGGGCCGUGGCGCAAGAGGAACCAGAAUCAGCGCAAAAUCAAGAAAAAUCAGUAGCAGCGGAAACACAGGAAGCUUCGAUAUCAGCGCGAGAUGAGGGACUGCCGAAGGUUCGGAACCAGGAAAGCGCCGCUGAAAGCCUGGAAUCAGGGUCACCUGGUGACGUCGAAGCUUCGUCUGAAGAAGCUGCAGCCAGGCAUAUCGCGAAUGCAUCGCGAGAAGAGAAUGCGGAGAAGGCGGAGACGGCGGAGACGGCGGAGAAGGUGGAGAACGUCGGGCAAGCGGAGAGUGCGGAGAACUCCGGGCAAGCGGAGAGCGCGGAGAACGCCGGGCAAGUGGAGACUGCGGGGAGUGCAGAGAUUUCCGGGCGAGCGGAGAGUGCGGAGAGGUCGGCGCGUUCUGCCGGACUGGGUGACGUCUAUGCCGUUGCUGAGGGAGGAGUGAUGGACCGCCUUCGAACCCUCUGUCUCGCGCCAGCCGUCGCUGCGACCCUCGCGCGUCGCCUGCACAGAAAUAGGGAGGACAGCGCGGCAGCCGUGGCUGCUGGCAGCGGAAUGGGCGGAACCAGCGGAACCAGAGUAACUGUUAUCUGGGACAACAACGCGGACAAUGGCUUUAACUCUCUGUUUUCAGGGCCACCGAGGGUUGGAAGUCUGCCGGGUGUGCCGUCCGAGGUGCUCGCUGACGUGGCUGUCGAGGAGACGUUGGAUGAGUCGCUCAAAGGGAGAUUGACGGCUGAGAUUGAGGUGGCUGUAUCAGAGUGCAAGGAGAACGAGUCGAGCGAGAUCAACACUACCAGCACCAGUAGCGACAACGCGGCCGUCGGUAUCGCUGCUGCCACAUAUGCCUUGGGCACUCCAGAGAACUAG